AUGUCUAUUUCCAACAAAGUUUCUAUCAGAGAUGUUAACUUCAAAGACAAGAGAGUCUUCAUCCGUGUUGAUUUCAACGUUCCAUUAGAUGAAAACAAAAACAUUACUUCUAACCAAAGAAUUGUUGCUUCAUUGCCAACCAUCAACUACAUCUCAGAACAACACCCAAGAUACAUUGUUUUGGCUUCUCAUUUAGGUAGACCAAACGGUGAAAGAAACGAAAAAUAUUCUUUGAAACCAGUUGUCCCAGAAUUGUCCAAGUUGUUGGGUAAGCCAGUUGAAUUUUUGAAUGACUGUGUCGGUCCAGAAGUUGAAAAAGCUUUGGCCGCUACCAAGCCAGGUUCUAUCGUUUUGUUAGAAAACGUCAGAUUCCACAUCGAAGAAGAAGGUUCCAGAAAGGUCGAUGGUAAGAAGGUUAAGGCUAGCCCAGAAGCCAUUGAAAAAUUCAGAAAGGGUUUGACUGCUUUGGCUGACAUCUACGUUAAUGACGGUUUCUCUGCUUCUCACAGAGCUCACAGUUCUGUUGUUGGUGUUGAAUUGCCAGUCAGAGCUGCCGGUUUCUUGAUGCAAAAGGAAUUGGACUACUUUGGUAAGGCUUUGGAAAACCCAGCUAGACCAUUUUUGGCCAUUUUGGGUGGUGCCAAGGUUGCUGACAAGAUUCAAUUGAUUGAAAACUUGUUGGACAAGGUUAACAUUAUUAUUGUCGGUGGUGGUAUGGCUUUCACCUUCAAGAAGGUUUUGGAAAACACUCAAAUCGGUGACUCCAUUUUUGACAAAGCCGGUGCCGAAAUUGUUCCAUCUUUGAUUGCUAAGGCCAAGAAGAACAAUGUCAAGAUUGUUUUGCCAGUUGAUUUCGUUAUUGCUGAUUCUUUCUCCAAUGACGCCAACACCAAGGUUGUCACUGACAAAGAAGGUAUCCCAGCUGGCUGGCAAGGGUUGGACUCCGGUCCAGCUACCAGAAAAUUGUUCGGUAGCACUAUUGCUGAAGCUAAGACUAUUGUCUGGAACGGUCCACCAGGUGUUUUCGAAUUCCCUAAAUUUGCUGAAGGUUCUAAGGCUAUGUUGCUUGAUGUUGAAAAGGCUGGUGCCAACGGUGCUACCACCAUUGUUGGUGGUGGUGACACUGCUACUGUCGUCAAGAAGUUCGGUGAUGCUUCCAAGAUUUCUCAUGUUUCCACCGGUGGUGGUGCUUCCAUUGAAUUGUUGGAAGGUCACGUCUUGCCAGGUUUAGCUUAUUUGUCUGACAAAUAA